GUGACGGUUUGGCAGUAUAAAACUUCUGUUUCAUACUGCAUUUCAUUUCCAGCUGUACUAUAAACCUUUGGCAGAAAGCGGAUUUUCUUCCAUUCACCCGCACAUUCAGUGAGCAUGGAUAGCGGAGUAGUGAGAAUCAAUCAUGGAUCAGAUGUCUUUGUUGUUCGCGCAUGCUCUAAUGACGAUGGGGCGGACUUGUUGGCUAUAGCAGGCGAGCAUUCAGUGGAAGUUUUCCGUGUGAGCCCACCCAUUAGUGAAAGGGUGGCGUCUUUUCAUGUUGGGAGACGCGUAACAGCUCUAGCGUGGUCGCCUCGAUCCGUUUCACCUAGUUCAAGUGAUGACUGGGUUAUUGAAAUUACUGCUGCUGCCUCAGACUUCAGUCUUCACCUACUCACAAAGUCUUCAACGUCUUCCGAAAACAUGUUCGCGUUUGGUGGUGGUCUCAGCGGACACCACGGCAAAGUCAAUGAUAUGUGCUUUUGUGGAGGACGUGAUCAAGACAAUGCAAGAUAUGUCGCGACGGUGGCAGAUGACAAAAUGCUGAUGGUUUGGGAUCUACAUCCGGCACUGGAUAUUUCUUCUGGAAUCCCUUCUCCAGAGAGGUCACUGGGUACCGACGCGUCGCCGUCGCCCCAUCCCCGUCCUCAACCAACUUCAUAUGUGAUUUCGUUUCCCCACCCCCUUGUUACUGUAAAUUGCCACCAAUCCAGCAGCAAAGAAUUUCUCGUAUCAGACUCCCGAGGUUCCAUCUUCUUGACAGACUGGAGGUCUGAUCCAGAGCAAAGUGAGCAGGGGAGCUGGAGGCAUUCCAGUGUUAUUGAGCUCGUUGAACCACACGGGCUGUCCAAGUCAUUGAUGGGUAUUUCAUCACAGUGGACGGGAUUUGCAGCUUGGCGUCAAGAUAACAUUGAUAUCGUAGGGGCAACUUACGGCUCCCGCUUUUCCAUAUGGGACUUGUCCAAGUCCCAGGGUGGAAAACCUUUACAAACAGGUAUAAGUUUUCCUGAAGGUGGUCACCAAUUCCGAUGGUGCCCGACGAGUCCGGAUUAUUUCGCUGUUGCGUCCCAGUGCGCAACCAAAGGAGCGGUUAUUCAUAUUCACGAUAUGAAUUAUGUUCAUGCACAGCCUCAUGUUAUUAACAUUGCUCCGCGCCCCCAUCGCGUCCGGGAUUUCGAUUUCAUGGCUAGGAGGGGUAAUCCAGUGCUUGCGAUUGCAUACGGUGUAGAAGUCGUUGUUUUCCCCAUUGGUGUUGAGUGAGAUGUCAAUAGAGAACU